AUGGGUGGUGAUAUAACAGCAGAAUUAAAUUUUUUUGAUCAUACAACUGAUGAUUCUCCUCCAUGGAUUGACUUAAGUUAUAGCUUAUCUUCACCAUUAGCAAAUUUUAUAUUAACACCAACUCGUAUUACUAUACAUGAUAUACGAGAUCAGGAGAAGAAUUUCAAUCUUGAUAUUCAUGGAUUUGAAGUACACGAAUAUAAUGGUAAUAUCAAAGAAGAAUUUCCAGAUAAUAGCGAAAUACAACAAUUUUAUUAUGAAGAACUUACUAUAUUACUUAAAAAACGUCUCGGAGCAUCUCGAGUCAUUGUUUUCAAUCAUGUAUUUCGACAUCGAGGUCCUUUACGUUCACUCGAUAAAUGUGAUAUAAAUCAUAAAAAUCCAGCGUUUAAUGUACAUGUUGAUUUUGAUGAAUCUGGUGCUCAUUUGAGUGUAAAAGAAAUUCUUGGUGAAGAACAGAUGAACAAAUGUAUGCAAUAUCGAUAUCAAUUCAUUAAUAUUUGGCGACCAAUAGGACCAAAUGUUAUUACAAAAUAUCCGUUAACUAUUUGUGAUUAUCGUUCAUUAAAUCUUGAUAAAGAUAUUCAUUCCGCAGAAAAUCGAAGAUCGAGUUUUUCAGCUACUUCAUCCUAUUUAAUCUCAUAUAAUCCAGAAAAUACUCAAAAAUGGUAUUAUUUAAGUGAAAUGAAAUCAAAUGAAAUGUUUAUUUUCAAAACUUUCGAUUCCAAUCUUAAUGUUGCUCGAUUUUGUGCUCAUACAGGAUUUACUAAUGAUUAUGUACCCACACCCGUACUUCAACAAGCGAGUAUUGAAACACGAUGUCUUGUUUUAUAUGAUCAAUAA